UCACAGAGCUGUUUCUGGCGCGCCGUCAUGAAGGCCGCUCUGCUACACGUCACGGUGCCUUUCGUGCUCUGCGUCGCGUGGGCGAACACCAGCCUGUUCGCCGGGGUGCACGUGGACCUGUCUGCUGACCACUACGCAGAGCAGACGGUCGCCUGCCUGCCCGGCGUCCUCGCUAUGCCCUGUAACUGCGCAGUGAACGUGGCUUACGUCUACGUGGGGCUGUACUGGCUGCGGUGGCGCAGAGCCGCCCCAGAGCCGCCCCAGAGCCGCUACAUGAGGGAGGUGUUCGCCCUCAUGGCCGUCCUGUACGGACCCGUGCAGUGGGCGCGCCUGGCGCUGCUGCGGCGCGCCCCCGCCGUGCUCGACCAGUGGCUCACGCUGCCGAUCUUCGGCUGGGUUCCGGUGUGGAUCCGCUUCAUAGAACGCGGCUCGGCGAAGUGGAGCGCGCCGCACGCGGCAGCGCACGAACUGCUCUCCAUCCUCAGCUACGGCCUGGCGCUGGUGCACGAGCGGGGUUUCGAUUUGGCGCUGGCGUGUCACGUCGCCCUCGCGGUGUACAAGGGAGUUCGCGUGCAGCAGGCGCACGGGGACGCGCGCACGCGGAGGUACCUACUGCUGGCGGUGCUGUCGUGCGCGGGCUUCGUGGUGCUGAAGCUGCUGGAUCACUGGCUGGCUCGGUACCGGCUGUUCAAGCGGCUCACCGGACACUUCUGGUCCAAAGUGUGCGACGUGCUGCAGUUCCAUUUCAGCUUCUUGUUCCUGACCACACUGACGGAGACGGCGCGGGGAAAGAGUUCAUAAUGCCUUGAUACACGCAGUAUGUCAAGGCAACAAGAAGAAAACCAAAACCUGAGAUUCAGUAUAACGGGACAGAAAAACACAAGAAACAAAAGAAAAUGAAAAAAACACAAAAUAUUUCAUCAAUUCUUCACGUCUCUGCUGCAGUAGCCUGCACACUUUAUUGAAAGUUUUGGAUUUCACGACCUCAUGUUGGAUUUGAAUCAAUAUGCGAAUAGAGCAUUUAAUAAACAUGAAAUUUUUCUGUAAUAAUACGUUUUUGCACUAAUGGAUUCAGAUUAUCUGACAUCAUCUGGUAAACUCUUCCACGUUUUAUCCCCCCCACACUGAAAUGGUUAAGAUAAGACAUAUCUUUGGACUCUGCCUUUUAUAUACACGUGCUGGUCUUAAGUUCAUUCAAACACUUGUAAAUACUCUGGUACCCAUGCCCAUUUUGGCAGUUAUACACAUUUAGCAUAUACCAUGAUUUAUAAUGUUUUGUACUGAAAUUGUUAAUUGAUAAAAAAAAAAAAGCUUAUUAUGUACAAACAUACAGACGACUGUUGUUUUGCUUAAUAUUUAAUAAACGUAAUUUUC